AUGAAUACACCUAGCAAUCUAACACUUCCUGCUAGGAAAGCACUAGCCCGUAAACACACGCUAGAGAUGUGGCAGAAGAAAUGGGACGAAUCGUCCAACGGACGCUGGACACAACGACUAAUACCAAACAUCGAAAAAUGGAUCUCCCGCCCGCACGACGAAGUUAACUUCCAUUUAACCCAGAUGCUCACCGGCCACGGCUGCUUUAGAUCGUACCUGAAACGCUUCAAACACGAAGAGCUUGACCAUUGCGAAGCGUGUGGUGAUGGCGUUAUCGAAGACGUCGAACAUGUUUUGUUUCACUGCCCGAGAUUCGAUCUGGAUAGAAACCACAUUCGCUCUGUAUUUGAAGAACACCCCACACCUAAAAACAUGAUUGACAUAGAUAAUGUAACAAGCACCGCUGAAGUAAGUGUACUACUAUCCGAACCUGCAAAGCAUAUAGGUAUUUCCGCUUUUACAAAAUAUUAUUUCGAGCUCGUUCAAAUUUUAAAAGAGUACAUCAACUUCACCAUCGAAUUUCGUGUUGCAAGGGGCUGGGCAGGACAUUUGAAUAAUACAACGUUUAGGCUUGGAUUUCUAGGCAUUAUGGCUCGGAAUGAAGCUGACAUAGGGGCAACAGGAGUAUUUAAUCGAAUUAAUCGCUUCGCGGAGUUUGACAUUAUACACCAAGGCUGGAAAUUUGAAACUGCAUUUUUAUAUCGCUUUGUACCGACCUUAAGUAUCCACGUCGACGCUCAAAGCUUUCUGUUACCAUUUCAAAGACAUGUUUGGAUUGUUUUGGCAUGGUCUAUCAUAACAAUAACCUUAAUAUUUUGGCUUUUAGAUAGCAUAAAAAUACGACAGAAAAAAAGAAAACAUUUACUACACAAACAAUUUUGGCAACAGUUUGAUUUGGAUUCAUUAUAUACUCGGCGUAAAAUAAAAUUAUUUAAGUACCAAAUUCAAAAAAAAACAUAGCCAAGGGAUCACACCAGCUUAAUGAAUAUGCUAUUAAUUUUGAUUGCCGCGUUUUCUCAGCAGGGUAUGAAUCCAAUAUCAAGAUGGCAACCAAUAAGAAUACUACUUUUUUCAGUAUUCGUUUUUUCCGUUUUGGUUUAUAACUAUUAUACUUCCUCAGUCGUUACUGGAUUGUUAUCCUCUUCUGUCCAAGGGCCGGAUAACAUAGAAGAAAUUAUUUCCAGCUCGCUUAAAUUAUCUUUUGAAGAUAUUGGCUACUAUAAAAUUCUGUUUAAG